UUUCUUUGAAGAGUGCAGUGGACAUGCAGUGGAAGUGAUUCCAAGAGAGUUUCAUUGUGGAACACCCCUGUCGCUUCUGUAUGGUGAAGAAGAGCGAAAUCCAACAAAGAGAGGUCCACAUGACAUAAUGGAGACAAGAACUGUUUUAAGAGUGAUUGUGACUGACAAUGAUAUACGGAAGGUCACACUUCCUAGCAAACCACAAACCCUGGACUCCCUGAUUGAACAGCUUGGGCAGCAUCUUGAUCUUCCAUACACGUUCUCUCUUCAGUAUGAAGACGCUGAUUUUAACAAUGCACUUGUUAACCUUACUGACAUUGCAGAUUUACCUGAGAAGCCCACUUUGAAGGUAAUCUCUCUUGUGACAUCACCUACACCGAGCCAGGCUGACACCGACAUUAUGUCUGUUACCUCUCAAGAAGAGUCACCUCUUACACGCCAGGAUCCAUGGCCAGAAACAUUUGAAAUUCCCAGCUUUUCCGUGAAUGUGGAAUACAGACUGCGCCAGGGAAACCUUUUGUUUAUGAGAGAUAAGACAUACUUGCAAGUUCCCAGGGACAUGAAACAUGAAGUACUUGAAAAGCUUGCCAAGGCCAUGUACAAAUUUAAAGCAUAUCCCCGUGAAGAAGAUUUCAAUGAUGUUGCAUCGGCACUUGUCAAAAAACAUCCAUGCCUUUUUGAACCAGGCUCCUCCACUGGAUGGAACGGAUGGAAAAACAGUAUAAAGUUUAAAAUGGGUAAUUACAGGAGCAAACUAAGGAGAGCUGGAUGCACCGAUGUUCUUGUUAAUUCAAUGAAAAGAGGGAGCCAAGAUUCUCCAAGAAAUGUCAAGAAACCCAAACGAUUCGAGAUAAAUUUUCUACCCAAUAUGCCUGCUGGUGAAAAUGAAAGCAGCAUGGAAUCAAAACGAUUAGAAAUUGUGGAGGAAAUGAAGAAACGACAUCCAAGUUCUACACUGAUAGCACAGUACAUGGACAUAACUUUUUCGCUAAGAAGAAAAGAGUUGGUUGAAAAGGAGCCUUCAGUAAAAGAGACUUUACAAAGAUGGCCAGCACUCUUCAGGGAAAGUCAGAUUAUUGCUGAGUUCAACCGGAUAACAAGCAAAAACCUCAAGCAAGAAUUCUUCUCAGCCCUUGAUAAAAAUACUUCUCGUUUUCUGGAGAUUUUUGAAUCCAAGAAAGGCACAGCUGGAAAAAAGCUCUCAGAGUAUCUAAUACAAAUGAAGUCUGCAAACAUCACUGAUGUCACUGCUCGACGGACAGCAGUUCUCCGUGGUCUUGCAGUCCUUCUUGGAGAAGACACUACAGACUUCUUCAAAACAUGUUUUGAUAUUGAUAUUGUCACACCUCAAGUAUCAAUAGGAAUUCUCACUGUGGUGCCAGAGGACAGCCCCAUGUCUCCACAAGGUUUGCCAUUGGAGGUCACUGAUACAGCAAUCAUUUUGGAGGGUCUUAUAGCAAUGGAUGGACUUGAGAAUGUUCCACAUGCCAUGUGUUUUGUUUUUGGACUGAUCUAUGCUUUAAAUAUGGAGUACCCUUCACAGCUUAAAUACACUUUUGAGUUCAUUCAAAGGGUUUUUCUUUCCCUGGGGCACAAAUCUCUCAAGCCAAAACUGCAAUCACUAAAAAACCUACUGUUUUAAUGUUUUUUUGUUUUUUUUGUUUCUGAUUGCAGAAACAAGUCUGGUUACUGUAGGUUUGUUUUUUGCGUGUAUGUUUCUGAUGGCAGAAACAAGACCAUGUUACUGUAGGUCUGUUGCAGCAUUUUUUUUUUUUUUUUAAUCAGUCACCUGCCAACCUGGAUACAAAACAAAAACUCCAGUCACUAAAAGCUUUGUAGUCAAGAAUUUGUUCAAUAUAUUUUUAAUUGCAGAAACCAAUUGGUCUAUUGUUGCCUUCUGGGUGUUGUAUCCAGAUUGAUGGGUGACUGAUUAAAAAUCUUAAUACCUGCAACUUAACCUUGAUGUUUUUAUCUGUUUUUGUUUUAUGCUUCUGAUGGCAGAAAAAGACCAUGUGAUUGUAGGUCUGUUGUUGCACUUUUGCAAUGUUGUUGAUGGAUGACUGAUUAAAACAAAUGUUUUAUUUGAAAUCUUAAGUGUUUGCAGAAACAAGAACAAAAACAAAACUCUAAUUGCUGCAUAAAUUGGAUGUUUUGGUCAAGGUGUGUUCUUUGUGUUUCUGAUGGCAGAAACAAGACCGUGUUGCAGUAGGUCUGUUGUUUAAUUUUUUUGGUAUAGUUUUAAUCGGACACCUUCCAACCUGAAUGCAAAACCAAAACUUUUAGUCAAGAUGUUUGUUAGUAAUAACAAAGAUUUCGUAUUGUGUCUGUUGCAUUUAGGGUGUUGUAUCCAGGUUGAUGGGUGACAAAUCCCUAUACCCACAACAAAAAUGUUUUAAUCGGUUAUCUGUGUGCAGUAACACAAAUGUUUUAUUGUAGGGUUGAUUAAUUGGUUAUUUUAAUCACUCACCAUCAACCCUUUUUUGCUUUAAAAAACAAUUUUGUACACGGUUACAUUAAAAUGAAUGUUUUGACAAACUUUUUUUGCUUUACUCGUUUUUGUUAGUUUAGCUUACUUAAAAAUGUGAGGCAAUCGGUUUCCUUAAAUUUACUAGUAAAGUGAACACUAAUAAUAAGUUAACUCAACUAAUGCUUUUGAGUCACCAGUACUUAAUUGUACUUGAUGUUUAAGUUUAGUCUACAAAUACUAUUUAGUUUUGCCAACUUAAAAUGAAUACUAUACUUUACUUAAUGAAUAAGUUUAGUUUACAAAUACUAUUUAGUUUUACCAACUUAAAAGUAAUACAUUAGUUUACUUAUAAAUUUAAGGCAAUCGGUUUCC